AUGUCUGGGAACAACAACAACAACAAUAAUAAUAACAUCACAGACAACAUUGAUGAUCCUGAUCAAUGGGAGGACGCCUUGCCGACACUCAUCGCUGCCACCAAAGAUAUCCAGGUCGGUCAGUUGAUUGGAACAGACUUCUCAUUGCAAGAUGCCGUUCACUCAUUGGAGAUUAUGAACUCAAAGCUCGACUCGUCCGCUGCAGCAGGUCCCCUCUACACACCAGAGAUGCUCUACGAUAUGGGCGAGAUCACAAGAGACACAACUCUAUCAAACAAACAAGUGAUCGCAAUCAUUGAUCAACUGAUGGCACUCGAGGUUGGUUGGAUGCAAGGUCGUCCAAUCGUUCACAGUCUGUUUAAUUGCAUGUACUUGUACUUCCCUCACAAGCUGAGACACCAAUAUCUGGCGCCAUACCUCAAGACAGUCUUAGCUUCAUCGGACACUCUUUCACACAUUGUCUCGCGAGGAGACAUCUGUCUGGAGGAAGACUUUAAUCUAGCGACAUUCGACCUCCUCACGACUUUGGACGCGACCAAGACGUUGGAGCUGCUGAGUAGCAUGAGCCAUAUUGAGUCGUCGUUGUCACAGACAAUCAUGGACGCAGAGGCAAAGAAAAAUGACGUAACGAUGGAGGAGGCAGCCGAGUUGCGUGAUCUCUGCGAUAGGAUCUCGCUCAGACGUUUGUUCCAUCUGGUCUUCUUUACGUUGUUAUCAUCCAACGUCAAUCUGGCAAUGAAGUCCAUCCCACGCAUCCAAGAGAGACUGGCAUCGAUCAGACAACGCGCCAGCAAAAGGCCAUCACCUGACGUCAUCCCGCCCUCAAUCUUCAACCCCGAGUUGAACAUGCGCUCAUACGCCACGGUUAACAUGCCCAUCUACCAAUGUCGGCCAUUCGAUCAGGUGCUUGACUUCUACGACAAGUUGUUCAAGGACCUCCUGGCGGGCUUCCACAUGCCUCACCUCCUCGAGACCUACCAGCAACAACAACAGUCCAGCGCACAGUCCGCCAACAUCAACAACAACACUCAACAACAACAACCUUUUGUCAACUUGUCCGAGAUGCUCAACUACCAUUUGUACUUGAGUCGCCUGUCUCCCAACAUUGUGGUGCGCUCAUUGUUGCGACGCUUGCUGUUCCCGCUGCCACUUGGCGCAUUCUUCCGCUCCGAUUCAAUGACCGGAUCGAUCAUUGAAUGGAUGUGCCAGUUUGGCGUGCCCCACCAGCACCUGGAUCCCAAGAACGCCGAGGUGGCGCGCUUCUUUGAGCGAUUCGCCCACGCGCUCCAAAAGAUCUUUAUCAAUGUGAUGCUGAACCGCGCGCGUCAGAGACGCAAGCUCAAGGUGGCGCUGCUGGACCUGACCAUCCUGCAGUCCGAGGCUGACAUCAUCGACACGGAGAUCGCCAAGGACAAGACUAACAUCACGAUCCUGUUUGGCAGCUUCGUGUUCAAUCUCAAGCUCAAGCUGAUGAUCCACUACUUGUAUCUGGGCUUUGAGCUGGAAGUGUAUGCGCCACACGAGUUCCAGUGCAUCUAUUGGUAUCUUGACUGUCUGUCCAACCUGCAGAUACAGGUUCACCAGUACAUCUUUAGGGAGGCACAGAAGGCUGCCUUAAACACGAGCAAGGCCAAGAAGGAGGCCAAGAAGGAGGCCAAGAAAGAGGCCAAGAAGCAGACAAAGAAGGGUGUGGCCAAAGGUGCCGUCGUCGCCAAGUCACCUCAGCAGCAGGCCAACCAGCCACCCCAGACCAACGAAGUCCUUCUUCCACCAGCGACCCCAGAGAGAUUGCUCAUUGCCACUCACAAGUUAGUUGCAAGGUCAAUGUUUAGAUUCAUGACAGUAUUGGAGAUGUUGGGCAAGGUCAAGAAGCCACAAUGUGAGUUCAGCUCACCAACACUACGCUUCCUUAAGCGAUUCGAUGUGUUCAACUCGCCAAUUAAUCAGCAACCAGACCCAUACACACUGGAUGUAUUCAAUCAAUCAAUCCAAGCACCUGACAACAAUGUGUUUGGAAUAUUGACAUCGACACUUGAGGUGAUCAGACAAUCCAAGCUCAAUUUGGAACAGAUUACAAAGAGCCAACAAUUGGGAUUGGAACCUGCAGCACCAUAUAUUGUAGAGGAGGCUCAACUACUCCUUAGAGUCAACAUAUCACUAUCACUUCAAAUCCAAAGACUGUUGCCAAAGAACUAUGAAACACUAUCCAACGAUGCCAAGAUCUCAAUCGUUCCACCCACCGGUAACUUUACAUUCGAUCCACGUCCAUUCUAUCCAAACAUCGUAUAUAAACAAUAG